CAGCUUGGCACGCAAUCACAUUGCAAGGAAAGAUUCAUAUUAUUGCAAUGUUAGUCUAGGUCCCAGCAUUCGUGUCCAAGUUUCAGUUCAGUUAUAAUGGAAGGACAGCAGUGACUGAAAGUGAUUUCCCUGCUCCAGCAGGAAGGAUGUGAUAGCCUACAUGUUUCCCUUUAGUGUUUUAUGAACUUGCAUUAACUUCCUCAAGUGUACAUUUACAAUAAGGCUGAAGCUGCCAGCUGCCUGUUUUACUGAAAGAGAAGCCAAUUUUCCUGCAGUGAAUACAGAGAGUGUUUGGAAGGGUUUAGAAAAUAUAAAGUACCUUUUGUUGUUUGCUGUUGACUGUGGAAGCUGUAACGAUUCUGUUCUGGGUUUGCGAGGACUGUCAGUAUGCUAUGGAUUAUAGCCUAUAAAUAUUAUAAAGGAUGAAAAGCGCUCACAUGUGUUCCUUGACGUUCCUGGCACUUUUAUGUUUCUUAAAAGUAACGUUAAGUGAACUGUGCUCAUCUGUUCGAGCAAGUCGUGCUAAAAGGUUUGUGGCGGAGGGCGGGAGUCUCCAUUUGAGCUGUGAAGUACAACAUUGUGGCCUUCCUGGCUGGACUGGAGGAUGGUAUUUCCAGGAACUGGACCGAAUAGGAUUUACUUUACUCACUCCCUCUGAACGAAUCAAGAUGUCCAAUUACAGCUCAACAGCUAAUAGCACACAUCUGUUACUCCAUAUUCACAACAUCAACCAGUCAGAUGCUGGAGCAUACAUGUGCGAGACAUCCUGGCCUAACAAUAUAAUUAGCAAAGGACACUUGACAUAUGUUAAUGUGACUGCAGCAGCAGUAGGAGCAGGAGCAGGAGCAGCAAACUCAUCAGACAGAAGCCUCUCUCAUAGAGUUCUGCUUUGUUUUGGUGCCUUGAUGUGUUUUCCUGUUGUUUUGGGAUUUGUUUGGUGUCUCACCCGGGAUCAUCAUCCACCACCACCCCCUGUCCCGCCUCACCCCCGCAUGUCCUAUGCAUAUAGAGUGAAACCAAAACAGGAAGUGGUGUAUGCAGAAGUUGCACUGAAUGAUUCAAGGCGGCAGAAUGAUCAUCCAAAACAAGCUUCUGAGCCAACUUUCUAUUCCUCUGUGCAUUUCUCCUGAUCAUAAAGACAUCUUGCAUUUCUAUCUCAUAGAUGUGGGUUAUUUUCAAUACCAGAUCAAAUAUAAAUACAGAGGGAAGUCGUGGCCUAAUGGUUAGAGGGUUGGACUCCCAAUCGAAGGGUUGUGAGUUCUAGUCUUGGGCCGGCAGGAAUUGUGGGUGGGGGGAGUGCAUGAACAGUUCUCUCUCCACCUUCAGUACCUCGACUUAGGUGCCCUUGAGCAAGGCAUCGAACCCCCAACUGCUCCCCGGGCGCCGCAGCAUAAAUGGCUGCCCACUGCUCCGGGUGUUUGCUCACAGUGUGUGUGUGUGUGUGUGUGUGUGUUCACUGCUCUGUGUGUGUGCAUUUCGGAUGGGUUAAAUGCAGAGCACAAAUUCUGAGUAUGGGUCACCAUACUUGGCUGAAUGUCACUUCACCUUUUUUUCCACUUUUUCACUUUAUAACUGUAAACACUUUGGCAGUACAGUUGAAUUGAAAUAGAACAGACUGACUUUGGAUCCUUUGAAAUGUGAAUACUAGCGAUGUUACACUUUGAUCUGUGGUUGUAAAGCCAUACUGAACGGUGAUGUUCUUCCAGAAACACUGUCGAAUGUUUGUUUGUGUAUGUAGAAUGUGAGAUUGUAGCUGAAAUAAAAAGAGAUGUAUCUAUGCAAA